AUGGUUCUCCACCGUUUUCUUCGAGAUGUGGAAUCCCGAAACAUUCUUCUCCAAUAUGAAUUCCAUAAAAAGAACUCACCUAGACUGGCUCACCAGAACUUGUGUCAAAUGACAAGCUGGAAAAAGAUAGUGGAACAAGAAGAGAAACCAUACUGUAGAUGGGACAGAAUACCACUUUUCGAUGACACAACAACGAGUCGAUUCAAACAAGACAAAGAGGAAGAAGAGAAAGAAGACCCAGUCCCAGAAGAAGAAAAAGAGUUUGAUAUAUCGAAAGCAUAUUAUAAAGAAGAGAGUAUAUCAUUCGAGAAGGUUUCAUUUAUAUUCAAGGAGUUUCAAAAUGGGAAUUUUGAAGUUGAGCCGAUAUUGCAUCCGAUUUUAAAAGAUCUAUCGGAAGAUUCGGUUGAAUAUAUUGGAUUAUCGUCGAUUCCACGAUUCACCAAACUUCACCAUUCCAAUAAAUGCUAUCAUUUUGCGAUGACUCAUCUCAAACUAGUAACCCAUGGAGCAUCUAUUCUUAAACUUGUAACAUUCCAUGAAGAAGAGCCAAAUUCCAAACUUCGCAUAGAAUACUGGCAAACAAGGGAUGGAUGCUUUGUUUGGUGUGGGCACGAUGUGAAAUUCGUCGAGAAAAAAUUUCACUAUACUCUGGCAACGAUCGAUUUUAUGAUUGCAACCAGAUACAUGUCAAGACCAUUGGUUGAAAUUGAUUUUGAUAUUCAACAAUGGAACGGUUGGGAUUGCAGAGAACGUCCGGAUUUGGGAUUCGUAUGGACUGUCUGGGAUACUUUUCUGUACAAUAAGAGCCUCAACAUCCAUGCGGAAAUAUUCAGAAUGACUGUUAGUAAGACAGAUAGAGACGAGAAGAGACUUUCGCUGAUUCGAUUUGUGAAACCUCGACUUUUGGAAGUUAUCAUUUUAAAAGUAUGGGACGAUAGACAUAUGGGAUGUAAAGACAAAGAUGAGCCAUUCAAAUUCAAAGAUAUUUAUAACACCAAACAGUGGAAAAGGGCAUUUUGUGUGGAUAUUCGAGAUAAAAUGAUUCAAAAGAACUUUUCGGCUUAUCCGGGAUUCCAGCAAAUUCAGAUGACAAUGAAGGAAGAAGAGUUGAUGGAUUUGAAAGAGGCAUUUGCUGAAAAUCCAUCUCAAUACUGCGAAAUUCAAGUAAUCCCUCAAUUGGACUUGGAAAGAUGCCUAGAAUUGAUUUCUGAUCCCAAAAUGAAUCUCGAAAAGUUUGAAGGAAACAAGUAUAGAGCACCAGCAAAGUCUUCAGAAGAAUUGGGUCAUCACUUCUUGGUCAUGGAAAUCAAAAACUAUAUUUCUCACACGAGGAUGCCAGUAACACAAAUUAAUUUCGAGAUUCGAGUGACGAAACGACAAGCAGAAGAGUCUCCAGAAAAAUGUUUGGUUGUGAAGAAAUAA